GGCUGUAUUACACACCACAACAUGACUUUCAUCACACUGCUUUGCCUAUUGGCUUUGUUACCGCUGCAAGGGGAUUUUCAACCGGUUCACAAAGAAAGUGUGACUGUGGAGGAGGGAAAGGAUUUAAAGCUACUCUGCAAUAUGCCCGGAGACAGCAAAUCGGACUUGCAGUGGUCAAACCCACAGGGCUUCAUCAUUUUUCUAAAUACCCAUCGGGGUUUAAGAGACCAGAGGUUUGAGCUUAUCCAUUAUUCAAAGGAUGAAUUAUUGGUCAGCCUGUCUAAAAUAAGAGUACAGGAUGAGGGUGUGUAUACAUGCUUUGACUAUGGCACACCAGUCAGAACGAAGACUGUGAAUGUGAUGGUGUUAGCGGCUCCUUCCAAACCACAGCUGGAGGCAUCAGAUAUUAUUGCUGAUGGUAAAGAAAGAAACGUUGUACUAACUUGCUCCACACAGGGAAGCAAGCCCCCUCCCCGCAUUACCUGGCUGCUAGACAAUGGGAUAGAAGUCUCUGGUGACACCAAGCACAGGUUUGAGCACGACGGAAAGAAAUGCAACACAACCAGCACCCUCACAGUCCAUGCGUAUGGCAAGAAUUCAAUAGCCAGCUGUGUCGUUCGCCAUGAAACCUUCAGAGAAGAAAAACAGAUGGUGUCUUUCCGGUUUGAGCAUCUCGUGACUACUACAGACUCCACUACAAUGGCAUUAGAAAUGAGUACGAGGACCUCUGAGAAUCAUCAUUAUACAGAAACAGAAGAAACUGCUACUGAAUCUAUGACACUGCCAUCCCCUGCUGGCAGAUCUCUAGCAACAAGUGCCCAACAGGAAGAUAACUCUUCUCAGAUGACUGCUGGGUCUGACCAAUCAUCGAUUCCUCCCUCCAUAACAGAGGAAACAUCUAUUGCCAGCUUACCAGCUCUGCCUACCCACCAGAAAGAGCAACUAAACAUCACCACUGCUUGGUCAGAAACAACAUCAGGUGCAACAGUAAAUGAGGAAUUCUCUGGUACAGAAGAAUCAGCAAUUAGUGAAGAAUAUACUCAGAAUUAUAAUGUCACCACUGAGCCACAAGGAACAAUGAAUGACACAGACAGAAAAAACAGUACAGAUACACCAACUGUAAACCCUGAAGAAGUAAUUCAAAACUACAGCACCACUGGUAAAUGUCUUAAGACUAAAACAAUAGCAUCAUUUGCAGCUGAGGAGCAGGGAGUCCAGGAAGUAAGAAUUUCCAUAACCCAUACAGAGAAGUUCCAAGUGUCACCAAAUACUGAUUUGAUUAGACUGUGUAUCAGGUAUGUACAUAGCUCAGAUAUCUGUAAAGAGUUUGCUGAAGGGGGAAAAAAAAAAAUCAAAACAUUUUCUUAUUUAAUUUCUAUAGAGCCACAAGGAACGGUGAAUGGCACAGACAGAAAAAACAGUACAGAUACACCAACUAUAAAUACUGAAGAAGCAACUCAGAACUACAGCACCACCGAAAUUAAGAUCAAGUCCAAAGAAAUUGGAAACAAGAAUAAGAAGCUUCUCCUACCAAUCCUGGUGUCUUUACUCAUUUUGGGGCUGCUCAUUAUAGUCCUGCUUUUUAUGAGGAAGCUGAAAAAAGCACACGGAGUGUGGAAAAGAGAAAAUGAUGCUUCAGAACAGACCCUGGAGAGUUACAAAUCCAGGUCGAAUGAAGAUAACCCUGUCCCCGAGAAGAACGGGCAAGGUUUUAACCAGAAGUCCGGCAUGCAAUAUGUAACUAAUGGAUAUGCAGAAACUAUAAAGAAGCAGCCAGGAGCUCAAGAUGUUUCAGUAUUUGCAAAACAGCUGGCCUCUGGAAGAGAAACUGAUGUAUAG